AAACAUAUUUUGACUAUAAAUUUUUGUUCUCUUCAAAACUAGAUUAUAUAGAAGAAGAAGAAAAAAAAGAAGAAAUUUCUUUAAAUGAUUCUUUUGUAAAAAGAAAAAAAUUAACAUUUUUUCUCGUACACAAUUCAGAGGAGCAGGUCGGAGCAGUACGGGUAUUCCAAAGCUUAGCCUUUUAGCCUCGGUGCUAUAAUUAAUUAGCCCGCGGGCAUCAUUAGCGCGAAAACUUGAUUGAAAAAACGUUGUUGGCGAGAGAUCAUAAAAAAUAUAUAUUAAGAAAAAAAAAAAAUAUAUAUAUAUAUAUAUAUAUAGUGUGCAUAUAUGUGAAAAAUCUUGUAUUCGCGAUUAUCUUCACUACUAUUGUUUAGGUGAAGAAGAAAAAAAGGAAAUAGUAAUAAGAAAAGUAGUUUAUUAGUAUCAAAGUAAAGAAGUAAGAAAUAAAAAGUAAGAAGUAAAUAAAGAAGAAGAAUAUUAAAGGGAGAAAAAUUAAUAAACACUAGAAAUAAACGGGGACCAAUUUUCUUUUUUUCUACAAUUGUCUCCUUCUUUCAUUUUGGGGGGAGAAAAAAAAUUGUGUCCCUUUGUCCCAAGACGUAAAAUUCCAAAAAUAACAACUAAUCCAAAUAUCUUCCGAUUAAACACGUCGAGUUGAUUUCUUAUCAACAACGACUAGAGUAGAAGAGAAAUUCUAAAUUAAGUUAGUUUAUUAGCGGACAAAGAGAUUAGUACUUAUAAGAGACGAAAGAAACAGAAUUUCAAAAAGAAAAAGAAUUCUAUAUCAAGAACAAAACUAUUCUUGAUAAAUUCUAAAUAAAAAAAGUGUAAAAGUUUCGAUCCUUCGGAGAAAAAUUGAAUUGCUCAGGGGAGAAAAAAAAGCAAAAGUGGAUUUUUAAUUUUCUCCUUUUGUGUGAAUAGAAUUUUUCCAAAUAUUGAUAAUGAGAGGAUCGUCCUGAAAAGGAGGGAUGUCGACUCUGUCCACGAGAUGCGAGGACAUUACAAAUUUCCUAUUGUUACUGUUGCUGUUGCUUGUCCUGGAAAUAACGCCCAGGAUACGAUCGUGUUGUUUUUUAGAACCAGCGAGAUAGCACCUGCAAAUUGGUUCGCAGGUGCAAGUGAUGCCGAAUAUUGGCAGCAUAAUGAGCAUCGGCACCGGUAGUCGAAAAUCGGCGAGCAACAUUGAUGAGGGUAACAUGAACACGUGGAAUGUUGCUCUCGUUACUGGUCGCUCGUCAUCUUCAGCAUUGUCCUUCAAAUUUACAUCACCAACAACAACAACAAAAACAACCACCACGAUUGCCGAUCAACAAUUAUCAUCACCAUUACCAUUAUUAAAUUUCCCCUCCUCGUCAUUGUCGUCAUCGAAAUUAUCCGAAUUAUCAGGAUUAUCAUCACUGUCUUCAUCGAAAUUAGCUGAAUUAUCAGGAUUGCAAGUGGAAUUAUCCUCAUCAGGUUUGUCAUCAUCUGAAUUAUCAGAGUUAUCUGGAUUGUCAUCGUCAGAAUUAUCAUCGGAAUUAUCAUCGUCAGCACUAUCGACAUUGUCAUCAACAACGUCCGCAACAUCCUCGACAACACCAACAAUCGAAUACGAAGAAGAAAUCACAGUUAAUAAUACAGUGAUCACCGAUAAUAAUAAAAAUAGUAUUAAUACUAAAAAUACUAAUAAUAAUAAUAAAAGAAAAUUAAUCUGUGAUUGUGAGAGUGGUUGUGAGAGGACAAUUAAUACCGAAACGGAAAAAAGUGUUUACAAUAUGACUACAAUUGAGGACAAUCUUCUAUUUGAUUUUAAUGAUCCCCUAGAGGAUUUUGAUUUUACAUUUAAUUCGUCAUCGUCAUCGUUAAAUGAAACAUUAUAUCCGUGUAAUAAAAGUAUGGAGAAUGAGACAUUUAUUGUACUCAGUAUGUAUCCAUCGGGUUAUAGUUUACCGACAAUAGUAUUUGCAUCAAUUGUGGUGACAUUAUUGAUGAUUGUGAUUGUUGUUGGUAAUAUGCUUGUUAUUAUUGCAAUAGCAACUGAGAAGGCAUUAAAAAAUAUACAAAACUGGUUUAUUGCGAGUUUAGCGGUGGCGGAUUUUUUUUUGGGACUCAUUAUAAUGCCAUUUUCAUUGGCUAAUGAAAUAAUGGGCUAUUGGAUAUUUGGAUAUUGGUGGUGUGAUAUUUAUUCGGCAAUGGAUGUUUUACUUUGUACGGCGAGUAUUAUGAACUUGUGUCUAAUUAGUUUGGACAGGUUUUGGAGUAUAACGCAAGCAAUUGCUUAUUUGAAGAAACGAACACCGGCAAGAGCGGCAUUAAUGAUUGCACUUGUUUGGUUAUUGUCGGCAUUGGUGUGUAUUCCACCGUUAUUGGGUUGGAAGAGGCCAAAUCCUGAGGAGGAAUAUCCAAAAUGCAAGGUAAGAAUCAUUUUUUUAAAAAUGGUGAGGGCCCCCGGCGGGGCCCUCGUGGAUUGCCCUCUUGCCAUGUGGAACCCGUACACUGAAAAACUGUUGGUAGAGCAGUUCCGCUAUUGA